GUACUGCCUUUCUUAGGAUGGGCGAACCCAGGAUGCUUUCAUAUCUCCAGCAGGUUGUAUGAAGAUCAGGAUGACGAAGAAAAUGUCUGGGCAGUUGAUUGUUUUGCUCCUCGGAUUGGUGGUUUGCGUGGUCAUCGCCAGGAAUGUCGAAACGAAAAGCGAGGACAUUGAAGAGGAAAAUCAAACGGAAGAUCGAGAUAAGAGAUAUGUAUCGGGCACCGAUCUUCUGUUCCAGGAGUGGUCAGAGUAUCAACAAAACCAGCAACAGUCGAAAGAGGAGAGAGAUAGAAAUCAAGUGGCUAUGACAGAAUAUUUGGAAGCUAGAAAAAUGAAGUUUAAAGAAGAAUCGUAUACAAAGGACAAAUGUACCUGCAGUACAUAUACCAAGAAGGGGGAAAGUACUAAAAUCUGCUAUCCUGCUGGGUGCCAGGAACAAAAGGAAAACGACCAAAAGCAAGCUGUUUAGGCCAUGUCGUCAGACGAUCAUGUCACUUUACUAGUGACACACGUAGCUUCUUAUCAUUAUAAAUUGAGUAUGUUCUUUUAAUCAAUCUAGAUGUAGAUCAAUAUAAUAUUGUCUGCAUAUUUUCGAUUCACUGUAAUCUUACUGUCGAUUUACUGUCAACAUUCUGUAAACACACCACAAAAAAUAAUUUCAAAUUGCUUUUAAACCUUAACAAUAAAUGAUGAUAUUACGGAUUUUCUUGGCGAAAUAGUAUGCAUUGUUUAAAACAAAGUUUCCAAAUCACUUUCACUAAAGCAAAAUUGUCACUGAGCGAUGCUAUUACAAAUGUUACAGAACGACAGUUUUUGAAGAGUGAGCUAGAUUUGAAGGAUGUACUGAUAAUUUAUACAUUAACAAUAAUAUGAAUGUAAUCGCACAAGGGCUGGCUGUACGUGAGGUAUAGUCCGAUAUAGAGCAGUUCCAUCACCUAUUUCAUUAGAACAGGACACGGUGUUAAUGAAUAAUAAACUGAUCAAGCACGUUA